GUUGCAUGAUUGAAUCAAAGCUGUUCUGUACUGCUACAGGCAUUUUAUUUAAGUUAAUUUUGUCUAAUUAAUUUUACUCAAUUGUUUGUAUUUUAAGGAGAAAAAAAUGGUAAUUUUAAAAAUGAGUCAAUCUGUUGUUCGAAAUGGAAUUAGGUAUAUUAGCUUUUCCAAAGGUGAUAUAAUAGGAAGCCCAGUUAACAAGUUAUGUCCUGAUUAUUUGAAAAACAAAGAGGCAAUGGAAGUUUUAGUGAAAGAGUUAAAAGAAAAGACAAUAAAAAUAACUAGAGGAGGCGGUGAUAAUGCCAUUAAAAGGCAUACCUCAAAGGGUAAAUUGCUAGUGAGAGAGAGAAUCAAUACUCUUUUGGAUCCAGGAACUCCUUUUUUAGAGCUUUCUCAAUUAGCUGGUUACGAUAUGUAUGGGGCUGAUGAAGUACCUUCUGCUGGCAUCAUUACUGGAAUUGGUAGGAUUUCAGGGAAGCAAUGUGUGGUAAUAGCUAAUGAUGCUACAGUAAAAGGGGGAACAUAUUAUCCUUCAACUGUAAAGAAACAUCUUAGAGCACAAAGAAUUGCUGAGGAAAAUCACCUUCCAUGUAUCUAUCUUGUUGACUCUGGUGGGGCUAAUAUCCCUCAUCAAGCCAGUAUUUUUGCUGAUGCAGACUGUUUUGGGAGAAUAUUUUAUAAUCAAGCAAACAUGUCGUCAAGUGGUAUACCUCAGAUAGCAGUAGUUAUGGGCUCCUGUACUGCAGGUGGGGCAUAUCUUCCAUCAAUGGCUGAUGAAUCUAUUAUAGUUAAAGGAAAAGGGACCAUCUUUCUUGCAGGACCACCUUUAGUCAAAGCAGCAACUGGAGAGUCAGUGACAUCUGAAGAUUUAGGUGGAGCAGAACUUCAUUGCAGUACUUCUGGAGUGACUGAUCAUUUUGCAAAUAGUGAUAACCAUGCGCUUCAAAUAACCAGAGAGAUAAUACAACGAUUGAACAAUAUCAAAAAUAAAAAGAUUAAUAACACAAACUUUGAACUUCCUGUUUGGGACCCAAAAGAGUUGUAUGGUAUUACAGGAACAAAUCUUAAGAAACUAUAUGAUAUACGUGAAGUUAUAGCAAGGUUUGUUGAUGGUUCAAAGUUUUUUGAAUUCAAAAAGAAAUAUGGAACUUCUUUAGUAACUGGUUUUGCCUCUCUGUUUGGGCAUACUAUUGGCAUUGUUGGUAACAAUGGUGUAUUAUUUUCAGAAUCAGCCCUAAAGGGUACCCAUUUCAUAGAACUAUGCAGUCAGAGAAAUAUACCUUUGAUUUUUCUUCAAAAUAUCACUGGAUUCAUGGUUGGACGAGAUGCUGAAGCUGGAGGGAUAGCAAAAAAUGGAGCGAAAAUGGUAACUGCUGUUUCUUGUACCAAGGUUCCAAAAAUUACUUUAAUAGUUGGUGGAUCAUAUGGAGCUGGAAAUUAUGGAAUGUGUGGUAGAGCCUAUAGUCCAAGAUUUCUCUAUAUGUGGCCAAAUGCCAGAAUAUCUGUGAUGGGAGGAGAACAAGCGGCUGGUGUAUUGACUCAGAUUGCUCAGGACCAGUAUAAACGAAAAAAUAAAAUAAUGACAGCAGAAGAGGAAAAGAAGAUCUCAGAGCCGAUAAUUAGCCAGUUUGAUAGGGAAUCAAGUCCUUAUUAUUCCACUGCAAGGAUUUGGGAUGAUGGCAUUAUUGAUCCUCUUGAUACAAGGAAGGUAUUAGGAUUAAGUUUAUCUGCUUGUUACAAUGCACCCAUUUCUGAUACAAAGUAUGGUAUUUUCCGAAUGUAGAUAUAAAACAUAAAAAUAAUAUUUCUAUAUUCUCAAUAUUAUUUUGUAUGUAAGAAUCAUUUAUUUUUAUGCUCUCUUUCAUAAAUAAACAGUUUUUUAUCCAUUA